ACUCGUGCUCCUUGUUAUCGUGCUCCUUGUUACGUCCGCAUGGCCUCUGGGUCCCAUGCUUUGCAGUAGAUACCGUGUGGACUCACGCACCCAGCCGCCUGAGACAGCGGUCGCAUCUCGAAGAUCUCCCCGUGUCCAUGCAAUGUCAAGCUGCAGGAUGCGGCACCUCGCCGCGUCGAUGCAUCGAUGCUGCAGGCCAAGCCGCCUAUACCCGUGCAAGAACCGCGUGAAACGAAAACAUUCCAGUUUUUAUCCUUGCUUUCGUCCUUUCGUUUCCUUCAAGACGACAUCGGGUCCCACACGGGCCCCCGUCUUCAACGAUUUUGGGUGAAUGGCGCAACAUAUCGACGAUUUCAAAUCGAGGUUGCAGGAUAUCCGCCGAAGGAGGUAUUCGAGAUAAACCUCAAACAAUGCGAGCCCGCGGAAGCGGACCACGUGCGGACCUCGCUCAGCUUUCGCACUUCGGAGUGGCAACGAAAGGAUCCUGCGACAGCGGAUCCGCACUUCAGAAACACCGCCGCCAGGGAAACAGUGGAUACGGCAUGGGGCCAAAGGGGGCCGGCAAGUGGAGAAGUGCAAACAACGGCAACACCACCACCCACACCACUACUAGCAAGGCACAAGGCUCGCAACAAAGCAGAGGGCACGGCUGUCGAUCUGGCUGCAUCGUUGCGGCGGGUAAUCCGGCCAACCGCAGGUUUCCCAGCCGGCGGGGUUGACUACAUACAACACAGUACGGAAAAGCUGGAGCAGGAGGGAGGUGCUGCUCCCGAGUCCCGUCUGAUUCGUGCCGGUGCGGGCCUGGCUGUGUCGCGGGUUGGGAGCGGCUAAUAACUCCAUACCACUCGAUUUGUCUGUCGGAGGAGGUGAUGG